AUGGAGGCACUUGAUCCUCUUGUUGUGCUGAUUCUUUGGGCUGCUCCGGCUCGUUGUCGGCUUCGUCAAUAUCUUGCAUUAGUUGUUGAAGCUCUGGAUCGUCGUCCGCUCCCGGUGGAGCUCUCUGAUUUUCUCAUCUCCACAUUCUCCGCUCUUUCAAUCUCACCAGGUAUAAACAACACUAAUAGCACCUCAUGGGGUCUCUCUACUUCACCUUCUAAAUCUUCCUUUUUCCUGCGUACGACACAUCACCGUCUCCGAUUAGCCAUAAGAUCCAUGGAGGAAGUGUGGAAAGAUAUUACUCUCCCCUCACUUAAAGACCGCCCUGCUGUCUCCACCACACCCAACAAUCCUAACUUUCCCGACAUCAUCCUUCUAGACCAUUUUGCUAGACCCAUCAAUAAUAAACAAACUCCAACCCUAGGAACAUUACAUGUCUCCAAUGACAUUUCUCUUUCUCAAGGAUCCGCGAUUUUAGGCUCCCGACCACCCACUCCCGCCACAAUUUUGACCUUGAAUUCCUGCUCGGACUUGCGGUACGUCGACAUCGGUGGCCCUUUGAGGUCCAGCCCAACACUCAACGCUCCUACCGGUUUUGCUGCAGCUCCAUCUUUUGGUUCUUCUCACAACACUAGUGUUCAUGGGUUUGAUUCUUCGCCAGUUUUCCCUACUUUUGGCAGAAAAAGGGCUCCAGAAAUUAAUGAAAAAUCCAACGAUAUGAGGCAUAAGCGAAUGAUGAAGAACAGAGAGUCAGCUGCUCGGUCAAGAGCCAGAAAACAGGCUUACACAACCGAGUUGGAGCUUGAAGUUGCUCAUUUAAAGGAAGAAAAUGCUAAGCUUAAAAGGCAGCAAGAGAAGUCGUUGUCAGCUCCAGAUCAGCCGCCAAAAAAGACUACCCUAAGUAGAACUUUAACAGCUCCUUUUUGA